AGCGGUGCCGGCCGGGGCCACGCUCGCAGAGAGAGAGAGAGAGGAGGAGACACCAACCGAGCUGGGCAUCAUGUGCUCCCUCACCCGCACGCUGGCACUGCUGGGCACGCUGCUGUGGGCGCCGUGGUGGGCGCUGGACGGGGCGCCCCUGGGCGAGCUCUCGGGGGACCAGGACUUCCAGCUCUUCCUGCACAAGAACCUGGAGUUCACCCGCAAGAUCAAGGGGGACGUGGCCGCCCUGCAGCGCGUGGUGUGUGACACUUUCCAGCUGUGCAAGGAGGAAGAGCUGCUGCUGGUGCGGCAGGACCUGGGCAUCCCGCAGGCGCCGCUGGAGCAGUGUCACCGACCCACCUUCCAGCCGGAGUCCUGCUUCAGCCAGAUCCGCGACGGGCUCCGCACCUACCAUGGAUCCCUGGCCGCCGUCCUGGAGCUGCUGCCCGGGCACAGCCGGCUGGUGGAGACCCUGCAGCUGGACGCUGCCAACCUCUCCUCCAACAUCCAGCAGCAGAUGGAGGACCUGGGCCUGGCCACGGUGACGUACCCCACGGCGACGCCGCACCCCACGGCGACGACGACGACUCACCCCACGGCGGGUCCCGGCCCCCUCCCCGCCUUCUCCUCCCGUUUCCACCACCAGGUCGGUGGCUUCUUCAUCCUGGCCAACUUCCAGCGGUUCCUGGAGACGGCGUACCGGGCGCUGCGGCACCUCGCCCGCCUCUGACACCGGUCCCACCACCCUAUUUAUUUAUCUCCCAGCCUGAGCCACCCUCCCCAGGAGCGUCCAGCUUUUCUGCUUUAUUUUAUUAUUUUAUUUUUGUAAAAAUAUUUAUCGCUAUUUAAUAUUUAUCCGGCCGGGGGAUGCUCCCCCGCCCAUGGGUCCCCCCGACAGGGUGGCCAGCCCUGCGGUGGCACCCGUGCAUGGGUUUCUGUGCACAGCAUCACCCUUGUUUAAUAUUUAAACACAAGCGUAUCUCUGCUACGAGGUUUGGGAGCUGCCAGGGUGGGGGGGGGCACCCCGCGUGCCUCAGUUUCCCCUGUGGCACCCCACUUGGGGAAACACUCUUCAUCCAUGAAGAGCCUUCAGAGCAGCAUCCCCCAGCCCAGGCUGCGACAGAUCUACCCGGUGUUCCUCCUAUUAGGCAUUGUUAUAUUAAUUAAUAUUUAUUAGUUAUUAGGCGAGGAGCAGGAUGGGGGUGAAGUGGGGACGCAGCAGCCUCCUCCCAGGAUGAGGUUUUUCCAGGGGAGCCCCCAGCACCUUUACUCUGGCAGCACCCUCCCCCCCACCACCUUUUCCUGCCAAACUCAGCGUUAUUGCAAUUUUAACUUAUUUGCACCCGUUUCCUGGCCCCGGGGGGGGGGGGGCACGGUCCCGUCUGCCCCCACCCAGCCCCCG